CUCCCUUCAACUCCCUUCAACUCCCCCCCCCCCGCGUCUGCCAUCAUUUGCAUCGCCUGCAUCAUCUGACAACAAGUCCACUUCCUACUUUUUCUCGUCCCCCGUGUCACCGCCUGCAUCCACGGUAAGUGGCCUUCCCCUCCCGCGGCCCACGUCACGGCCAGACUUGCUGAGUGCCUGACAAGCACAUGCCCGCAUGGUCCUCGUCUCCUUCCUUGUCUCCAUCCCGCCUCCUUCAAAACCUUCCUCCUGAAAAUCCCCAUCUGUCCUGAACUCUCCUCCUGAACCUUCCUGUGAAACCUCUGAAUCAUUUCAAAUCCUUUAAAUACCCUGUCACGGCACUCCCCACAUCGCCAUUGUUCGGCUAUUAACCCCCUCCUCUCAGUCUCAGUGGUGUGAAUCCUGCUUCUUCGUCGACAUGGCCUCCACCACUUCGGCCGCCAAAGAGGCCCAGCCUGCUGUCAAAGACGCCCCCGCCCCCGUCGACUUCCUCCACCACCCCUACACGCGCACCGCCCUGCCCUUCGUCAAUGGUGGUCUCGCUGGGAUGACUGCCACGGCCGUCAUCCAGCCCAUCGACAUGAUCAAGGUCCGCCUGCAGCUCGCCGGAGAGGGCAUCCGCACCGGUCCCCGCCCGUCCGCCAUCGGUGUGGCCCGUGACAUCGUCGCCUCCGGCAAGGUACUCGACCUGUACACUGGACUGUCCGCGGGACUGCUCCGUCAAGCUGUCUACACCACCGCGCGUCUGGGCUUCUUCGAUACCUUCAGCAAGACGCUCCAGAAGCGCGCCGAGGCCGCCAACCGCAGUGUCACCUUCGCCGAACGCGCCGGAGCCGGUCUCACGGCGGGAGGCGUCGCCGCCAUGAUUGGCAACCCGGCUGAUCUGGCAUUGGUGCGCAUGCAGUCCGACGGACUGAAGCCCCCUGAGGCGCGGGCCCACUAUCGAUCGGUUCUGGACGCGCUGUUCCGCAUCUCGCGCACCGAGGGUGUCGCGGCCUUGUGGGCGGGCGCAUUCCCCACCGUCAUCCGCGCCAUGGCGCUCAAUGUCGGCCAGUUGACUUUCUUCGCCGAGUCCAAGGCCCAGCUCAAGAUGCACACCAGCCUGUCCGCCCAGAACCAGACCUUCGCCGCGUCCGCGAUCGCCGGCUUCUUCGCCAGUUUCCUCUCGCUGCCGUUCGACUUCGUCAAGACCCGUCUGCAGAAGCAGCAGAAGGACCCUCAGACCGGUCGCCUGCCGUACAAGGGCGUGCUGGAUUGCGCGCGCAAGGUCGUCCAGGAGGAGGGCUGGUUGCGCUUCUACCGCGGCUUCGGCACUUACUACGUGCGGAUCGCACCCCAUGCGAUGGUGACGCUUAUCGUGGCCGACUAUCUGAACUUGAUCACCAAGUAAACAGAUUCUUGAUUCUCCGAUGAUGAUCGGUAGAAGACAGACAAGAUGAUGAAUAUUCAGAUGAAGGGCCAGAUGACAUAAUGGUACCAGAAUGAUUGAUGUCUACGCCAUGCUCGGAAUCCGCGUUGCAGCGGAGCGGUCGUCUCGCGACUUCCGGCUAUCAGUAGCAUGCUGUGAGAUAUGCCUGUCGCUGCUGUCCGGAACAGUCGCGACGAAGUGGGAGCUGGGAAUACCCGUUUGAUUUUAUUUUUCACUGGGCGGUGCACUGGGUGGAGUUUCUUUCUUUGUUGUUUGUUUCUGGUUCUGUCGGGGCUGGUCGCGACUCGCGAGGGAGGAGUUCGAGUUCUCAUAGGCCGGUCCUUAGUUUAACGACAUUCACUUAUACCAGU